AGGCGGCGGAGGAGGGAAUCCUCCUUCCUCGCCCGCCCCGGCCUGGCUCCGUGGCCGGACCGCUUGGAACCGGGCCUCGCCACUGCCUCCUCAUCGGCUUGGGGUCUGCCGGGACCCUCGGAUCGUUCUCGGCCGCCCUGUCCCCCCAGUGGUUUGUCUCGCCGCUCCCAGGCGGCCCGCCUCCCCUCACGCACGGGCCAUGAGCCGCCACAGCAAGCUGCAGCGGCAGGUGCUGAGCCUGUACCGCCAGUUCCUGCGGGCCGGGAGGGAGAAGCCCGGCGCCAUGUCCCGCAUCCGGGCGGAGUUCCGCCAGCACGCCCGCAUCCCCCGGGCCGACGUCCUGCGCAUCGAGUACCUCUACCGCCGCGGGCAGCGCCAGCUGGACCAGCUCCGGGAUAGCCGCACCAAGCGGCUCGGGGCCUUUGGCGGAACCCCGGAGGGCACGUGACGCCUCCGGGAGCGGGUUCUGAACCCCGUCCCUGCCGCCCCGCCCCCUCCGACAAACAGGCCUGAGGCCCCCUCAUCGGCGUCGUCUCCCCGGAUGCCUCCUCUAAUCCUCCCGACCCGCCACGCUCAGUGAACCCGAGGGGAAUAAGCGUAGUGGGGGGUGCGUGGAGAGGGACGGUCUGGGGCCGGGCCGGCUUUGGGGAGACUUGAAGCGGGGAGACGGGGUUGGAGAGCUGGUUUGCGGAGGUGGAGCCAGGACUGUCGGGUGCUGAAGAGGCAGGAGCAAGGUUAGAGGAUUCCUGGCUGCCAGACAACUCUUGACUAACCACAAGUGGACGAUCCGUCACAGAUGGACGGUCAAACUCUCCCUGACUGGCAGACGGCCUCGGAUGGGCCUUCUCCCACGCUGCGGCACACGGUGACCGAAACAGUGACUCUCUCCAGUCAGCGCUGACACCGGCCUGCCUUGCUCCACCACCGAGGCAGGUCUGGGCCUUCCUUCGUCCCGGGCUACUUCCCUUGUCUGUGUCGCCUGUUGUUUUGUAUUUUCAGUGCUUGUCCCUCCCUCUCUAUAGGCCGCCCGGCCCCCCCCCGCCCCCCCGACUCGGUAUAAUGGGGGGCCAGGUUGUCUUUCUCUGCGGCACAUAGUAGUGGUGGGAAGGAGGGCAAGGCAGGGAUUGUGUCUGGGUUUGGCUUUUAAAUGGAUCCGGGACUCAGAGGUUGGGGCUGUGCCCUUGCAAGGAUGUUGUUUGGACUGAAAGAGGAAAAAAUAAAUAAUGGUAUUAAGUGCUUA